AUGAUACUCAUCUGGGUGAUCCCCGGACUGACUCUGCCCACACCCCCUCCACCUGAAAGGAAGGCUAAUAGCCCGGUUGUCAUCACACCAAUCAACAACUCAGCUGGCACGAUCGAGACGGUCAAACGAGGCAUCCAAUCUAUAAAACAAUGGUGCCCAACGGCUUACGAGGUCUGUCCCACGAUCAUACAAACAUUGCAACAGGAAAUGGCAGAAAUCCAAGAUGCCGAUCAGUUAAUGCAUCAUCAACGGCAAAAACGCGGAGCACUGAACAUCGUUGGAAAUAUCGCGAAUGGGCUGUUCGGAGUACUCGAUGAUCAGUACGCCAAACGGAUGGAAGAAAUUAUUGGUAAACUAAGAACCCAAGAAAGCAUCACGCAUAAAAUAGUAGAGAACCAGACGUCAGUUCUGGAUACCACCAUCAACAUUAUGCGAAGGACGACGAUCGAAACGCAGAAGAGGAUGCAGGACGUAGAAGCCAGCCUGGCCAGAAUCAAAGUGAGAAGCCAUGCGGCUGAUCGGUAUCUGCCACAUGCAGUUUCAGAGUUGGUCAUCGUGGCAAGUCACAUUCGUCGAGUCCAGGAUGCUGUUUUAAAUGUGAUAAUCGGGGCACACGAAGGAAAAUUGAGCCCUGCAUUGGUGUCGGUAGAACAAGUGAAACAGGUGAUCACAAAAAUACAAACACACCUUCCACAGGGAAGACGAUUACCCAUCACAAGUGAGACAGCACGAGACUUAUAUCGACUGGCGAUCACAAGGGUACAAGAAACCGAGGACUUACUAAUGUUCCAUACGAGUGUUCCAUUAGUCGAAGAAGACGAAUUCACAGUAUAUCGGAUGGAGUCAAUUCCACAAAUAACGAGAGAAGGCCAGGUGAUAACCAAGACGGAAACAAAAUAUCUAGCAGUCGAUGAUCAUCGGAAACACCACUUUGCGAUCAAUCAAGAACACCUAAGUCAGUGUAUCAGCGGGACGAAUGGAAAUAAGGUAUGCGAGUUUAAGCAUACACUAUUGGGCCCGGACGCCCAUCAACUCCCUUGUACGAUGGCGGCACUAUCAAGACAUCGGGCAAGGUAA